UAAGGGAGGAGAAUAGAGGAGAGGAAAUAAAUUCUCCUAUGGAUUGAUAACCCUACUCCGCUGCUUUAACUCUGACUCAUCCCCCUCUCCGUUCCCAUUCUCACAUUGGUGCAUUCUGCCUGUAUGCUUCCCUCACCCCGGACGCACACACACACACACACACACACACACACACACACACACGCGCAGACACGUUUAGAGAGGCAGCUCCGCCUCCUCUGCAGUGUAGCGAGGGCAGCAAUGGAGGAGCGUGCAGUGCAGCAGGAAAAAAUAGAGGAAUCAUGGGAAGGAGGGCAUGAUGCGGGGAAGGCAGACUGGAAGAAUGAGUGCUCCCUCUCCUCCCUCCUUAAACACUCCUGUCUUCUUUGCUGGUCGUCUCCCAGGAACACCGACGUCGUGGAAACGGAUGAGAGAGUCCUCGCCAAGGCAACCGAGAUCAGAGUAAGAAGACCGCAGCACCUAGCGCUGGAGCUUGAGAAUGCAGUGGCGGUGGAGAACUUGGAGCUCCAGGAGCAGCAGUCGGACCGUAAGGAGCUGGAGGAGACUCUGGUUAAAUUAGAGACACAGAAAGAAACACUGGUGCAGCAAAUAAAGGCAACGAGACAGCUGUGCUAUGAAGAGAGUCAACAGAUCCUGUCUCUGCAGGCGGAGGAGGUGCUAAAAGAGAGCCAGGUGGAGGAGUAUGAGAGGGAACUUGCCAGAGUCCGGUGGAGGCUGAAGAGGCUCAGAGAUGAGGUGAAGCUGGCCAAGAGGAAGGUGCAGGAGGCCGGAGAGAGGGACACUCCUCUUCAAGACUCCAUCCGGCAGUCCUAUGAAGAGAUCCUGCAGGAGGAGCACACUCUGUAUUCUCUGUCAGGAGGCGCAGUCACUCCAGAAAGCCAGCUGGAGGAGUCAACAUCCCCUGCAGACACCACUGAAGAUGACCCGCUGCCUAUGAGGCCUUGGGGAAGGAGCCAAUCACUGCCUGCCUAUGCUGACCUGAUAAUGAGGGCCAGUGGCUCGUCUUUCUGCAAUAACCUAGCCAAUACCAGAGAAGAAGCAGACGACAGUGGGACCAGCUCCCCAAAGAUGGAUAGAUCUGACAUAGAGGAGGACCUAGAGGAGGGAGCGAUCAACAAUGAAGGGGAAAAAGAGAGAGAGAUGGAAGAGUCCACUAUGAACCCAAACCCUGUCAGCCAACUGGACUUCUACCAAGCCGAUCCCUUCGCCCACUGUCAGAGUGACCAUGACCUCUUCAAUGAAGACCUGUUCCCUAAAACUGACUCAUCCGGUGGAUUUGCUUCGGACCCUUUCAAAGGCAGCGACCCCUUUGCAGCAGAUAUUUUGUUCCCAGAUGCCAACAUAGGCACUGAUGAUGGGGCAGGAAAUGUUGGUGAUGAGGCAGACACUAGUCUGUCCUGUGCUGAAAACAAAGCCUCAACAGGAACUCAGUGCUUUGAAUCUGAGUUCCCAGACGAAGACAGCGACAUAGAAAUAAGCUACAGUCGAGAGGACCUGGACGCCAUUGCUGUGGUUGACGAUUCUUGCGGAUUUAAACCCAUUCAGAGCUCGUCAGAAGAGCUGGGGCCGGAGCCCAUCCAGGGUUGGAGGUCCCACGGUCAGUAUUCUAUAGAAUCCGACCCUAAUGGGUAUGAACUGGACCUUGGCACCGUCUCCCCUCCCUCUGACAUAGAAGAACAGAGUCUGGGAUCUCUAGCUGGUGGGGCUACCACCGAGGCAACAGCAGGACUGGAACAAGGUCUGGGUUCUGGUUCAGCUUCGGCACUCCCUGAGCUUGACGAAACAGUCCUGGUGAAACGAAAUUGGACGGGCGACAUAGAGCAAACCGUGUCCUGUUACGUUACCUCCAGUGAGGGGGCCGAGUCGGUUGGCAACAUCGAAGAGUCAGCCCAAAACCCUGCAACUCCCCAAAACUCACCAGACUCCCAAAACCUCUUCAUCCAGCCCGACACAGAUCACAACAGAGAGCUUAGUUUUGAGUUGAGCUAUGAACAAACCAGUCAGUCUUCCUUUGACCCAUACGGCUUUAAACUAAGUCCAGAACAUUCAAGUCACACCCUCUUAGACCCUGAUGAAGUCGAACUGAGCCCAGAACCUUCUGAAAACGAUCUAAACUUUGACCCUGAGCCUUCCUCUUCUCAAUCAGACCAACUUAACACUGACUGCUAUGGGUUUGACAUCACUUCCUCCCAAAUUGCACGGGACUCGGACCCUUACGGCUUUAAGCUCAGUCCUGAGGAAGAGAACCAAGAGGUACUUGACCUCUGUGGCCAUGAUAACCAGGAGGCGAUGGACUUUUGCCCCCAUGACAAUACUGAGCAAAUAGAACCAUGUUACUAUAGCAACCAGGAAGUCCUAGAUCCUCAUAUCCACGAAAACCAAGAAGUGCUUGAACGUUGUAGCCACAGUAACGAGGGACCGCUGGAUUUAUGUAACAAUGGAAACCAAGAACUGCUGGAACCUUCUAGUUUUGACGACACAGGGUUGGUUAGCAAUGAAAACCAGGAAUUCCUGGAUCUCUGUAGUCAUGACAACCAGGAGGUAGUAGAACCCUGUUGCAACACAACCAGUGAAGAUCUACUUGAACCUUGUAGCUAUGACAACCGAGAAGUGCUGGAACCUUGUCGCCAUGGGAAUAGGGAACUGCUGGAUUUCUCCAGUCCUGAAAAUCAGGAAGUGCUGGAUUUAGAUAGCCAUGGCAACCAAGACUUAGUGGAUUUUGGUAGCAAAGAAAAUCAGGAAGUGCUGGAUUUAGGUAGCCAUGGCAACCAAGACUUCCUGGAUUUUUGUAGCAAAGAAAAUCAGGAAGUGCCAGUUUCAGGUAGCCACGGCAACCAGGAACUCCUUGAUCUCGGAAGCAAUGAAAAUCAGGAAUCGCCAGACUUAAGUAGCCACGACAACCAGGAGGUGCUGGACUUGUUGAGUAAGGACAUUUUGCCCGAAGCAAACAAUAACCAACGCAUAGUGGACCCAGAGCUCCAUGUCAGUUCCACCAACAACAGCUCCGACAGUGAUUUGGCAUCAGAAGACCUGCUGGGACUCGAACUCGGUUACUCCAGGAGCCGCGCUACCAACAAGACUAACACCAGUACUGCCGACACCCUCAACAUGGCCAUCAGCAACAUGUCUGCCAACCGGGACAUUGCACCGUCCAAUGUUCCCGCCAGCCGCAACUUGUUAGAAGGUGAUCUGGGCUCAGUGUUCGGCGCCGGAGGAUACAUCGGUUGUCCUGAUGUAGCUGACGACCUCGAGCCUCUGGCGCGGAGGCAGGCCAACCCGGUAGCAGAGCCAGUACGACCAGUCAGACCAGUUAGGCCUCCUCGGCCCUCGCUCAGGGCCAAGGAGAAGGCUCAGUCCCAGACUCAGGGCAUCGACCUGAAGUGAUCGCUCACCAACCAACACUCAUGGGGGGGUUACCAUGUCAGCAGGGUUCCCAUGACCACAACGGCAACCCAAGAGAUAAAGUGAAUGACGAGAGAAGUAAGAGGACGAGUGACAAAAUGGAUACGGAGGGGGGGGGCAUGAAGGAGGGCUGAUUAAAUAGACAGGAGAGAGAGGUCAUUCUGCUGUUUAAUAUAUAUUGCAAUAAUUCUUGUUUCAGAUGUGUUUUUUGUUUUUUUUCAAAGUUGAAUGGAAAGAUAAGAAUUAGACUGACUGUUACCAUUAAGGAAAACUGAUUGGCUGGCGGCUUCAGUCCAUUGUGAGUUAUUUCUUUAAGUCAGGGUUGGAAACUAUAACUAUAUGAAAAUGAAUAUUCUUUGAGGGUGGGCUUAUUCCUUAUGUUUUUACCCCAAAUGAUGCUUGUCGAUCAAUCAUAAAGUUGAUAUUAUCUGUUAUUUAUUCCCUUUAUCAGCUGCCAACUCUCUCCUGUGUCCUCCAAUCUCUUAGUUAAGCUUCCCAUCCUUUCCGACUUUCCAGUUUUGACAGAGCCCGAUUAGUCCAAAGUAAAGAUAAUCUCUCCUUUUUGGAUUUGAGCUUAAUGUUGGAGCAUGUGUAAAUGGACUGUGUGUGACUUGGUCACAUAGAUGAAAAUGUAUAUAAGUGAUAUACUCAGAUAUUGUGGUUUUCAGAUUAUAUAGUCAAUUAGUAGUUUUAGGUCUAAGUUGGACGAGAGCUUUAUAAAGAGUUUGGUCGGGUUGUACAGUGAGUGCGUAUCUAUAUCGUCAGCAUAAUAAAAUGUGCAGUGUUUUCAGUCCUCAGUUACUAGGUGCUCCUUAAAGAGUACCUUAACAGCUGACUUAGAAGCAGUGUUUCACUGCCAUCUCUGGCUUAGAGUUUCAAGCCCCUUUCACCUGUUUCACCUCUCAGCAUGUGGUCGGAAGUGGGCUUUGUUGCACCUGUAACCACACCUGGCAUCCCAGAGUACGCCUGCACAUCACUGCCGAAAGGUGAGAUGUUAAACCACUGGAGCUCGGCAAAGACAACCUUUUCAGAAGGUGUUGAAUGACUUUUUAAAGCAUUUUAGCCACUGCACUUCAUAUUUGAACAUCAUAAUCAGCAGCACUACACGAAUGGCCCAUCACUGAAUACUGUUAGCAUUAAGAUGCCUCUACACUGCAUUUCACUACAUCAGUGUCCCAGUUCCAUAUGAUGUACUGAUACUACAAAGUAAAAACUAUGCAUUUUGCAAGUUUGACUGUGCGUUUUGACAGUAAGUACACAAGACAGAGAUUUCUUACUUGGUUCCAACAAAAAAAAGGACAGGUGUGAAAGUACAGGACGUGAAACCGCAUCUUUGAAAGACUUCUUUACUGCCAAUUUCAAGUGAGGACAAAAAAAAACCAGCAAGCAAAAAAUGCCAAAAUGAUUGGAAAAUGGACGAAUCUGUUUUCUGAGCUGCCACUGGUGUCUUCAUACCUCUGUCUGCAUUUUCUUCACUAAUUUACGGAUGUGAAAAACUAUAUUAUGCUGUAAUUGGGUCAAAAUAUUCCCAUCAAAAUAAUUCUCAAAACAUUAGAAACCACUUUGAAGUUUCUCUGUUUUUAUCAUCUUUUUUCCAUCUUGUUUAGCGUGACUACACAAAAACCAGUGUAGAAUUAGAGCUGAUUUAUUUUUUUCUCUAAAUAUAAUAUAGCUAUCUGCAAGUACGGCAGCCGAUUUGUAUAAAAAGAACAGAAAUGCCACGGAUAUUGUUUUAGAUAUUAAAGAAUAGUGUCUACCCGAGAGCACUGACAACUUUGUUUACAUUGUAAAAUGUCCCACUCACUACAUAUGUGAUCCCCAUCAAAUAUGUUCAUAUAAAUUGUGUAUUCAUGUGAAAUUCAUAAGUUUUUAAACUCUGAAUUUCAGAACCGGACUAAAAGAUCCAGAAUCAAUUGCACUAUAGUAUAUAGUACUAUAUACUGCUUUUGCACUUGGAACUCAUUAAAUCAAUUUAACUCACGGCUUCACUAACUGGAAUGCCAAUGUCAAGAAACUGUACAAGCAAAGCAAUAUAACAUAUGAGCAAUUUAAUAUAUUUUGAUGUCCCUCUGUUCUGUCGUGACAAUAAAACAAACAAGUUUAUUUUUACUGCAUUAUCAUGUUAUUUUAGUGAGAACUAGAUGAUAAAUAACUACAACUAACUAAUGUUAGGGAAAUCUGUUUUGUUACGCAUUUCUGGAUAUACUGUAUAUCAGGUUUUUAAAUCACCAAAUAUUUGUAUCGAGAUCGGCCUUAAAAAUGGGUCGGGCUCCACAAUCAAGCAGGUCUAAGAAGUAUCCUGACACGUUUUAAGCAUAUUUACAAUAAUUUAGUGUGAACUCACUUACAUACUCUAAACCUGCUUAGAGUUAGUAUGAAGUAUGGAACUGGGACACGGUAAGAAACGGUCUCGAGGCCGGAUCUGGCUCGAUUUCAUUGCUUUACAGCGCUGUUCGCCAAGACGAAUCGGACCAAAAGCUUAUCCAUGACUCUUACAGGCAGGUGCUUAGAGGAAGGUGUGAUAGUCCAUCACCUCCAACACGUUUACCCUCAUCAAACCAAAGACAUCAGAGAGGGUGGGGGGGGAGUGAGCACAGAUACCGCUCCAACACCAUGGGCUCAGUGUGGGCUGCCUCUGAAGACUGCGAUGUCCAGUCUGUCCGUCCAUGCAUGGCUCCGGGUGAUCAGAGUAGUUUGUCCUGCUGGUUGAAUGGUGUCGGAUCAAACUGCACAAAUUUCUUUUGUCAGACCUAAAAUAAUCCUUUGGGUUCUUGCUUUUGUUUGCCACUGAGGCGCAGCAGACCAUCACCUUUUAAGAUGAUGCUGGGAACUUGUUAGCUAAAAGUUGCUUAUUUACCCAUCCAGCAGACACAGAGCAUUUAUCAGUCAUUUAGAGUCUAGUCUGUGUGUCCACCUGAUGAAUGUUAGUCUAAUAUUCACUCUCUGUUAGCUCUGGUUUGGUCUCUACCAACUCCUGAGAGAAAUAUCUGGCUCUUUAGCUCCUGAAUGGUCCGCUAUGUUCCCCAGCUAGUCUCUAUCUGUUUGUGUGCUGUUUGAAGCUAUGAGAGCUGGGAGAGUGAUCCAAACAGUAAAGAUGCAGCUGGGGGAAAAAAUGAACUAAAACUCACAAUAACGCUCUGUUUCUGCUUGCUGUAAGGAACUCCACAAAUACUGUGUAACCAAUACAUGUUAUCCUCUGAGCUGCAAAGCACUGUACAUUCAAUAUACCAUGUAGCCAAUUCAUGCAAAUACAAUGAAACAUACAUAAACAGAAGUAUCCUUGUAUCAAGUCAACAAUGUGAAUAUUGGUGUGUCCUAUGCACAUGCUGAACAUGUAUCCCAGAUGACAGUCUACCUUCACACUGGAACAGACUUAGCAGACUCUGAAGCAACAUUUCCGUUAAUAUUAGGUUUCAGUUCACGCCUAACUCAUUACUACUUUGCCAUGAUUGCAUGAUAACACUGUGAAUACUGUAAAUCAAACAUUCUGGGGGUUUUGACACUUUGUAAACGUGCAGUCAAGACGAUGCAAAUUCAUGUUGUAUAACCAAGCCAUGACGUGGAUCAGAGACGUCAGUGAGACAGAUCUGACGUUGAGCUGGCUUUAUACAGUGCUGCUCCUGAGUGUGGGAACCACUGCUUAAGUUGACUAAAAAGAGGAAAAAAAAAAAUCUUUUGGAAAUUAAUCUUAAUGCCUUAUUUAAAAAAUGAGGAAAAAUCUGACCUGUAAGGACCCCAAUUUUCUUUGUGAAUGAAUAUUGUAUUGUAAUUAAAUACAUGCUCAUCUUAAAAUACAUGGAUACAGACAUUAUUUAUUUACGAUACAUUAUUCAUUAACAAAAAAAUUGGUGUUCUUAAAGGUUGAAUUUUUCCUAUUUUUUAAUCAAGGCAAUAAGAUCUAAAGAUUUUUUUUAUUCCUGUUUUUAGUCAACAGGGGUUCCUUUGCUCAUGAGCAGCACUGUAGGAAGAGGAAAUUAGUCUGUAACAGUAAUAGAUACCCUUACCGCUAUCCUUAGCACCUUUGCCAUGGGUUGUUUGAAUAUGUUUAUUAGUUUGUAUAAUACCAUAAGCCUCUCGUCUCACAUGCUUGUCCUGGAAGUGUGAAAACCAACAAAGAGGAGUACGUUAGACUGGCAGUGCUUAGAAAAGUUCCUCUGACAUGUCUUAAUAAUUCUGCUCUUGUGCACAAUACUAAUGAUGAGUCGAUAAUACCUUAUCACCUACCAUAAGGUGGUGAAAGCUGGAAGUAUCUCUCCUUACAAAGAAAUUCUUCUGUCAUCUGAAAAUGUUUUUGAGUUUUCGCUUGUUUCUGCUGUAUUCUUCCGUUUCAGGUGUAUUCCCUCACUAUUUAACAGCCUCUGUCUAUGAAGAUGACCAAAUAUCACUUGUGUGUUUUGUUUUCAGUACUUCUGAACUUUUUGUGUUCAUCUUUCAAUCACAUGAUGUAUCAAAUCUUUUGCUCAUCUGGGAUAAAGUGUGUGUAGAUGGUCCCUCCGCUGCCCAUGUUACCAUAACUACCAUCACUACUACUGUUAUCCAUGUAAACCAGACACAUUCAGUGCAUCUUCCUGUUUCACCCAGUUUUUUGUUUUGUUUUACGAACUGACUAAACAAAAACUGAUAUGGAUCAAAAUAACAUGAAUUCAUGUCCAAAUGACUGUCAAUGACAGAUUGACAGUCAUUAUUAAAAGAACCAAUCAUAUGGCUUGAUUACAGAGAACUGUAUAAAAUAUUUAAGAACAUUUCCCAAUUGUCUCCCUGAAGUUUACUUUUAAAGCAUGUGUGAACACUUCUGAAUUAAAUGGGCUCGACCUCCCACUCUCCAAGUUGUUAAUCAAUAAUCAUCUGAGGCGGUGCACUGUAAAAAAUGACCAGGUUAAUUUAUUAUUUACACAAAGGGCAGUUGAAUUAUUUGUUGUCGCUGACAUAUUUAUUUAUUUUUGUAUUGAUCGAUUUUUGUAUUUAUUUAUGUACAGGCUGCUUAUUACUCCUACAUGUUCAAGACCCAGACAUGAUGAGAAUAUUAUUGAAAGCUGUUGUCAGAGUAGUAAUAUUGGUAAGAGAGAGAAGGUAAAGGUGCUUCUGGAGCUUUUCAUCCAUUUAUUGUCGUCGCAGUGUGUGCGUGUGUUUUCUAUGAUGUAUGCACUUUGAAAGCAAAUGCUUGGUUGAGUGAAAUGAUAUUCAAAAGCUCCUCUGGGUUUUGCCUUGGUGAAGCCAUGGUUAUGAUAAUACAUUUAUGUGUGAUGUUUUAUGUGUUCAUGUCUAAAUGUGAGGUUCUGUGUUGGCAAAAUUAAGAAAAUAAAAGUAAUAUUAAAUCCCAA